AUGAUGAGCCCGCAAACACACAGGCAGGCAAAAUUUGGCCUGUCGCAGAAAGCUGCUCAUAACUCUGUUCAAGGGCAGCCUUGGGAUGUUAUUGAGAAAAUGUUGGCAAAUAUUUGGGCGCCUGAUAAUCCCGAUGGUUUGUCUUCUAUGCUAAACAGCCAAAGAGUCUUCCUCGGUGUGGCUGAGAAUACCCUUAUGCAACAAGAAAUAGCCAAUUAUAUCAAAUACCACUCAAACAUUAUUUCAAAUGAGCAUUUGGGAUAUGGAGUCGGCCCUCGAGGCUCGCCGCGACUGAAAAGGGCUUUGGCCUUGUUUUUCAAUUCGGAAUUCCGGACAUCUGAGCCUGUAUUGGAGCGAGAACUUCUCGUCUUACCUGGAGUUGCGGCUGUCAUUGACGCCUUGACAUGGUCAACCUGUAACGAUGGGGAGGGCAUUAUCACUCCCGUGCCUUUCUACACAGGCUUUAAACCCCUCAUCUCUGGAAGAUCGCGUGGAAUACUCGUACCCGCGCCAUUCCAGUGCAUAGAGGGGUACCAGGGCUUGGAUGAUAUUUUUGACCCUUCGAUGAACAAGAAAGCACUCGAGAACGCAAUUAUUCAGGCUACUCAAGAUGGGGUGAAAGUCCGGGCUGUAAUGAUAUCUAAUCCUCAAAACCCACUAGGGAGAUGCUAUCCUGCCGAGACGCUCAGAGAGAUUGCACGAUUCUGUACUUCUCAUGAACUGCACCUGAUCAGUGACGAGAUCUUUGCAAUAUCAGUCUACGUCAAUCCACAGGCUGCGAACGUCACACCAUUCACAUCGAUCCUAGAACUGGACCUUGACGACUGCAUCGAUCGUCAUUUUGUUCAUGUCGCGUACGGGAUGAGUAAGGAUUUUUGUGCCACAGGACUUCGACUGGGAGUUCUACAGUCUAGGAAUGAAGGUCUUAUAGCCGCAGUAUCUAGCAUAUGCGUUUUCGGAUGGGUGUCCUAUGUCACCCAAGAUAUGUGGGCAGAUAUUCUUUCGGACGAACAAUUCCUGGUUGAUUUCAAAACCAAAAAUCGCCAGUUGCUAGCAAAACAUUGUUCAAUCAUGAGAUCAUUCUUGGACCAACACGGUAUUCCAUUUUACACUAACGUUAAUGCGGGUGUUUUCAUCUGGGUCGAUCUACGUCGCUAUCUAUACAGUGAACCGGGACAAAACAGGGCACCCAAUGAAGCAGAUCAAGCGUCUUCUAUGCUCGAUAAAUAUCGAGAUGGUGAACUGAAGCUGUUCAAUCGCUUUCUUGAGGCAGGCGUCGGUAUUGCCCGGGGAAGUAGCUUCUCUACCGAAGAGCUGGGCUGGUUCCGCGUCAGCUUCGCUAUUGAAGAGCAGGCUUUGAAUCUUGGGCUUCAGAGAAUGGUUGCAUGCUUGGUUUCUAUUCAAGCUGAGAAUGAGAAUAACAAGGGCUAA